AUGGCUAGUACUCACCAAUGGGAUGAUGACAAGCUCUCUUGCCUCUUUGCACCUUCCGAUGUCCAAGAAAUAGUGAAAAUACGGCCUUCAAUUACUAAUGUAAGUGAUUCACUUUCUUGGCUUCAUACUUACAUGGUUCUUAUACUGUUAAGUCUGGGCUGGAAAAUUUUGAAGGCCAGGAAUCAACUACUUUUCCAGGGUAAAUGUCGAAGUAUUCUUUUCAAUAUCAUUACUUAUGAUAUCAAGUCAAUGUUGUUCAUUCUCCGUCUAUCCAUGAGUUUUUUACGAGUCAAGCUGAAGUCUUGCUUCAUUAACUUUGUAAUACUUGUCUUUCUUACUGUUGUUUGGUUGCCGCCUAUUGGACUGCAUCUACUAAAACAGUUGGAGGCCAAACUUAUAUUACAAGGUUCCUCUUCUCUAAAACGAAUUUCAACUCCGCUGGAAGCAGAAGCUAUAGCUUUGAAAAUGGCUACUCAAGAGCUAACAAAGCUUAACUAUACGACAGUGAUGUUUCUUGGUGCUUGCUCACAAUUAUAUUUCCAGCUUAGUAAAUAUUCUGAAGACAUGGCGAAUGUGGUUCAGUUUCAGUCCAUUGCUAUGGAU